GCUCGUAAGUUAGUAAACAAAUCCCAAGUAUUCGCACGUGUGUUUGUCUGUGUCUCCCUCAGUCUGUAUAUUCCCCGACAGAAUGAAAUUUAAUAAGCAGAGAAAUGCCACCAACAAGCCAAAUGCCGUAGGUCUUGCGAAAACCCUUAUGCAUCGAAAGGAACGCCGUAAACAGAAGCGGCUGCAAGCUAAGCAGAAAAAAUCCCUAUUCACCAGAAGAUUUCGACGCGGGAAGGGGAGAUUUUCCAGCGAGGAGGGACCUAAUGGGAAAACCAGUCCUAAUGCUAAGGGAAUCAAGCAAUUGCAAGCGUAUGCACAGGCUGAGAAAGAGAAGAUGGGGAAGUUUAAAGACAAGGGUAAUAACAGUAAAAAGGGCAAAGGUAAAUUUCAAGGGCAAGGAAAAAGUGGAAAACAGAAUACCCAGAAUGGCAAUAAGGGAGAGCAAGAUAAUGAAUCGGAGGAGGAGGAGAAAGAAGAACAAGGUUUCAAGAUGUCCUCCUCGGUGAGUGAUCGUAUGGCCAGAUUGCAGGAGUAUGUCAAUCAGGAGGCAAGGAAGAUGGGGACAUUUAAUGAGGAGGAAGGAGGAAAGAAGAAGAAAAAGAAAAACCAGGCCGGGCAGAGCGAAGAGGCAGAGACAGACAAUAAAACUAGUCACAUCAAAGACAAGACGAAGUUGAAAAAACUAAAACAAGAUAUUGAACAAGACAAUAAGGAGAUCAAGAAGUUGUCAAGCCUCCUAAAUCUGAAUGCAAAGUCUCGCAAGAAAAUGGUGCCCCUCCUUGGAGAUGACUUUGGCAGCCUGAUUGAAGACAUCGAGGGAGGACACAUGCAACACCUGAAUAAGUAUAAGCACGCAGAUGUUGAACCGAGUGACAGUGAAGACGAGUUGGAGAAAGAUAUGGCCAUGGCACUCGGGCAGACGAAGGUGAAGAAAAAGAAAAGCGAGGUUGAAGAGACCUUGGAGGACAGAGAUGAGGGAGGUUUACUUGAUGAUGCUUUUGAUGCAUUUGAAAACGGAGAGGACGAUGGUGAUGACAUGGAAGAAUAUGAGGGGUUGGGUGGUGAUGAGUUUGAUACUUUUGAAAAUGGUAUUGAUGUGGAGAGUGAGGAAGACAGUGAUUUAGAAUAUGGAUAUGGUGAGGAGAGAAGCAGACCUACAAAGUUCAAAAAGAAGAGGAAAGAGAUUAAAAGUACAGAAGAAGAGAGUGAGGAUGAGAUGGGUUAUGGAGAUGAGAGUGAAGGCAGUCAUGAUGAGGAAGGAGAUCCAGAUGACAUAGAAAAUGGAGAGGAUAAUAGAUAUGCAAAUGGAGAAGGCGAUAGUGAAGAUGGGAUGUUUUCUGCAGAAGGUGAAUGGUAUACAGAUGAUGAAGAGGAAGCAGAUGAACAACCUAAGAUAGAUUAUGGCAGGAUAUCAAGAGAGAGGGAAGAGGAUUUUGAUGGCGAAGAAGUUAGAAGUGAGGAGGGAGAGGAAGAGGAAGAAAACGAUGGCUUUUUGGAUACAGAAGCAAUGGAAUGUAGCGACGAGGAGAGCGAAGACGAUGGUAGGGAGCUUGUACACGACAUCAGGAAUGAAGAAGAUUUUGCCUUUGAGGGAGGCUCUGGCUACUACAGCAAGCCAGAAAUCCUAAAGAACGGACAAGAAAAUGAUAUUGACAAAUAUUCAAGUAACAGCGAUGAUGACACAGACCUUGAAGACUUUGUUGUCGAUGAUGAGGAAGUUGAGUUUGAAGAUGUUGAGGAUGAGUUGCCGGAAGAGGAAUUUGACGAUUCCGAUGGUCCUGCAAGUGAUGGCUUAUCUCCAGUGAAGAAGAGGACGAAGAAGAGGUUGAUUGUCAUGAGUGAUGAGGAAAGUGAAGAUGAGAAUGAAGAAAAGGGUGAUAAAGAUAGUGAUAAAAAAGGUGAUAAAGAUAAUGAUGAAGACAAAGAUAUGGUCGAUGAUGUACCUCUAAAUGCAAAAUCGAAAUUAAAGUUAAGUAGCAAAUCACCUAGGUUAAUUAUCAGUGAUGAGGAGGAGGAUGAAUAUGAUAAUGACAAUGAUAGUGAGUGUGAUGAUAGUGGAAAUGAAAAAACUGAUGUGAAAAUAAAAUCAUUAACCAAGAAUUUAGUACCACUGCCCACAGUUACAAGUGAGGAUACUGGUGAUGAAAAAGAACAGCCGUCUCCAAAGAAAAACAAGAAGAAAAAGAAAAUCAACGUAGGAGACAGUUCAGAUGAUGAUAGUGAAAUAAUAAAUGAGUCUAGUAUUAAGAGAAAAAGGUCAGAAUUGCCAUCAGAAGAGGAAGAAGACGAAGAUGAAGGAGAUCUGGUCAGUAGCAAAAAAAUGAAAAAAGCCAGUUCUGUAGCAUCAAGUGAAAGUGAAGACUCAGACAGCAGAAGCAAUAAAAUCAAAACAAUCUUGAAGAAGCCAACAAAUAGAAAGCAAAAGAAGACAGCACCAAGGAGCCACAAGGCAAAGGAAGAAACCAGUGGGAAGAGACGAGUGUCAUUUGACCUUCCAGAGGUUACGGACGAAGAAUCUGGUGAUGAAUCGGCCGGGAGUGCAGAGUUCAGUGCUGAUGAUGACGGUGAUGACGGUGAUGAUGGUGAGGGCAGCAUUAAUGAACAACCUUUGGAUGAGGAACUUGAUGUUGAGGAUGAGUCUCCUGGCAGUGCUGAAUUUAGCGAGGAUGAGAUUGAUGAUGAUAAUGAUUUAACAGAAGGUGAUAAAGAUAUAAGUGAUGGAGUGAAUAAUGAAAAAACAGAGGAAAAGGAGGAGGACGAGGAGGACGAGGAGGAGAAAGAGGCGGAGGAGGAUGGCUUGACAGAGGACAUAUAUGGGCGCCUGAGGGACCGAGAAGGAAAUGUAGUGAAGCGUGAGGAGGGGGAGGAGGAGAGCCAGACCAUGGGUGGUAAGUAUAUUCCUCCUGCCCUUAGGAAGCUCAUGGCCCUGAACACCGAUGAGAAGAAGAAGGAGCAGCUGGCCAGGAUGAAGAAGACUCUCAAGGGCCUGCUUAAUCGCCUGGCAGAGAGCAACCUCGGCGGUAUUGCCAAUCAGAUCGAGGGCAUGUACACCAAAUUCAGUCGCAAUGACAUGAGUGAAGUCUUCACCAGUCUGCUUCUGGAAUCACUUGUGGGGCCUACACUCACUCCAGAGAGACUGGUCCAGGAGCAUGCCAUGCUGGUGGCUGUGCUCUCUGCCAAUAUUGGGGAGGAGGUUGGUGCGCACAUCCUGAAUGAGUUUGUCUUGAGAUGGAGCGACCGUUCAGAAGACGCAGACUCCGAGAAAGAGCUUGAAUGCAAGGAGCUGGACAACCUACUCCAGUUCGUUGCCAACCUGUACAACUUCAGGGUGAUGGAUGCAACUCUUGUCUAUGGCAUCCUAGAAAAGCUGGCUGAGAAGUUCGGGGAGAAGGAGGUGGAGCUCAUCCUUCUGGUACUACGUGGUGUGGGCUUCACCCUGCGCAAGGAUGACCCUCUGGCCCUCAAGUCACUCAUCACCAAGAUCCAAAGCAAGGCAGCUGAAGCAGAGGCCCAGAGUGAGGAUAACACUUCCUUCACGCGCAUCCGUUUCAUGUUGGAGGUGGUCCAGGCCAUCCGCAACAAUAACAUGGCCAAAGUGCCCAACUAUGACCCAACACACGUGGAGCAUCUCAAGAAAGUCCUAAAGGGCUUUGUUCGUAAGGGCACUCAGAAUGCACCACUCAAGGUCACCUUGGAGGACUUGCUGAAGGCUCGGGAGUGUGGCCGCUGGUGGAUUGUGGGCUCAGCCUGGUCUGGUAGCCUGAUUGAUGGAAAAACACAGGAAAGGCAGCAGGACCUGAAUACUGCCAAGGGUUUAGAGACAGAGUUCAGUGAGAAGUUCAAAGAGCGUGCAGCCAAGCUGCAACUAUCCCGUCCCCCUAGAAUCAACAUUCUGUACAUAGUGACAGAGGGCUCAGAGGACUACCUGGAUGCCUUUCAGAAGCUCAGCCAGCUUAGCCUCCCACCACAGCAAGAACGGGAACUGUUCAGUGUAAUAUUGCUGUGUGCACAGAAGGGGAAGGAGUACAAUGCUUUCUUUGCAUACCUGAGCAACAGAAUGUGCAAGUUUGAUAGAAAAUACAAGAGAUUGAUUCAAUUUGCACUCUGGGAUAAGUUCAAAGAAUUGGAAGAUCUCAAGCAGAGAGAGAUUGCCAACCUGGCCAAGUUCCUGUCCCACCUAAUUGGUGAAGAUGCCGUCAACUUGUCCAUUCUGAAGACAAUCUCAUUUAUGGAGGUGGAGGGCCAGACAGUCAGCUUCUUAAGACAGCUCCUUAUUUCUCUCCUACUUCACCCAGCUGGAGCAGACACUGUUGACAAAAUUUUCUCUCAGCUGUCCCUCUCUCCCAAGCUGCGUCUUCUCCGCCAAAGCCUCCGGAUAUUCAUUCUCAAGUUCCUCAGCUCCAAGAAGCAGUCGGAAGAUCCCAACCACCAGCUCCUCUCGCGCAGGAUAGAGAUGGCCACAGAGAUCCUCAACAAGGGCGGUGGAGUGUUGCUCUAAGGACUGGCUUACGUGAAUGAGUUCGUUUUCUCUCUGAAAGGUGUAGACUGGUGCGGUGCUGUGAGUUAUGAUAGGAGCAAUGCAGUUGUUUUUGGUGUUUUUGCGUCUUUUUUUGAUUCCAUGUACCUUUUUUUAUUUUUAUUUAUUCAUGUUGUUUUGUUUUGUUUCACAGGUAUUUAUUAGAAGUGAGGUGAAUUCUGUAAAUAAUUAUGAUGUUACCGUAAUGUGUAUGGUGUUUCAAUAUGGUGUUCAUAUCUUCAUUUUUAUUAUUAAAUCUUUUUUUAAUGUAUUAUAAGGGAAAUCAGAUUUCAACUAAAAUUGUGAUUCCAUCUCAGUUUACUUGUGUUGUACUUCAGUGUAACCUGAAAUGGAAGUUAAAUAUUAUAACAUUUGAUGAUUUAGAUUUUAAAUUCAUCCUUGAGAACUAAAGUAAAUAUUUACAAAUCUUUAUUUUUAGCAUUUUGAUGACAGUUUACUUUAGAGAUAUUGUAUUCUACAGGGAACCCCAGAUAAGUAUUGUUUUUCUUAGAGGUAAAAGUUGUUAGACAGUAUUGAAUUCUAUGUAAUGGAGGGUAGGUAGCGUAGGAGCAUAAUUUUUUUUUUACUAUUAUUGUCCUAUAUACCUUUUGUACAGCUGUAAAAAAUGGUGGAUAUGUAUGAAAGAAAGUUGAGUGAGGCUUCAGUUAUGAAAGAGUUUUAUAUUUUAUAAAAAAAAAAAGUUAAAAAUAUAAUGUUAAGAUAUUCCAGUUUAGUAAUAAGUAAUUUUUUUUAGGUGACUAAAUCCUUGCAUAAGAGCACUCAUAUAUUUGUAUAUAAUGUAACUAUGUACUCAAAUUAUAGCCCUCCAUAUCUGUAUUCAUUAAAGUGUUAUGAUAUACAGUCAUAAAUUUCAGUCACUUUUUUUUUUUAUUUCCUUUGAGAAGGCAAAAGGAGUGAAAAUAAGAACAUGGUUUUAGUGCAAAAAAAGUAUUGGUGAGUAAUUCAUUUUAACAGACAUUGAGUUUAUUAAAUAUUCUCUCUGCCCAUUGUUUAAAGUUGAUGCAGGUGAUUAGUAAUUUGUGAAGUCAAACACUAAAAAAAUAGAAUUAAUGACUAGAUGAUCAAUCAGCAUAAUACAUACAUACAUACACACACACACACACACACACACACACACACACACACACACACACACACACACACACACACACACACACACACACACACACACACACACACACACACACACACACACACACACACACGCACGCACGUAUAUAUAAAAUCGUGUAAGAAAGGCAAGAAAUGACGACCUAAUACACAAGAUGAAACCCUAAGAACAUUUCCCUCCAGUCACGUCACCCCAAAAGCGAGGAUUUACCAUGAUUUCUGAUUGUUUCUUCAGCAUAGAAGACAGCUGUUUGAAAUGAUUGUUCUUUUAUAAGUUCCUGUAGCAUAAUCUCAUGCAAGGGAAAUACAGGACUGUUUCUUUUUCUUUUUAUUUAUUUGUUUAUUUAUGUUUUUUCCUCUUUGUGUUUUGAUUUGGUCCAUCAGGGUCUGGUAAUCAUGAUGGUAAUAAUAAAGAUAGUUUUCUUGUUAUAGAAA